GCACCUUCUGCUUCUCCUGAGUCGCCAUACAAUCCGUACUCAUACGCAUCCAGAUCUACAUCUCCAGCGGUGACUGCCACGCCUACACCUGCCGUUGUUGUUCCUGAGUCAUCUACGUCUGCACCUUCUGCUUCUCCUGAGUCACCGUACAAUCCGUACUCAUACGCAUCUACAUCUACGUCUGCCCUUACUCCUCAGCAGUCGGCAUCUUCUAUUACUCCCCUACAGCCGGCACCUUCCGUUACUCCAGCAGAAUCCUCGUCUCGAAUCGGGCCAAAUCCGCCGAUCCCGACCCUGCUGGUGAAGCCGCCUACCAUGCCGUUAUCACCAAUAACCCCCGAUCACGAUCAACGGCGAAUGUCAUCAGAUAGGAACUCAGGCUAUUCGCUCGUGGAUUCACAGAAUUCAUCUCCUACCGACGAACGCGCGCCCUCGCGAAGCUCGUCGGUGAACUCACAGGCCAGCCUCAACAAUAUUCCAGCGCGCAACUCCUCGAUCAAGUCAAGCACUUCAAUCAAGAGAGUACCUGUGCGAACAUCUUCAGCUGCCUCGCGCUCUUCAUCCGUCAAAUCUGCUCAAUCUGUCCACGACAAUCUGUCUCGGACCGCAUCUGUCCAUUCACAGGCCCCCUCAAUUUCUAGAGCUCCCUCUGAAUCCGAGAGACGAUCACCCUCGAUUCGCUCAGAUGAGACGGCAGUGGAAAAUCAAAAGCCGGCUCGAAGCGGCUCGGGGUACAGAUCGAAUCCGCCCUCGCGACACGAUUCAGCCAGGUCCGGCGCUUCGUCAAUGAGCAGGCAGUCAUCUCGCGAGGGAUCCUCGUCAAUCAGCAGACAACCCUCUCAGGAAAUCUCUAACGCAUAUAUCCGGCCACCUGUGCUACCUGCGCUAAACCUACUCUCACGGACCGAUUCGCUCAUCUCUGGAAGUCCGACUGUCGCGGCUCUGAAUAUCCCUUCGCGGAAUGUGUCGCCGGCUCCACCGUCGGCUGGGUUUACUGAUAAUCCAUAUUCCCGCCUCGAGCAUAAUGAUAGUUAUAGCUCGACCCGGGAGUAUCUAACCUCCCCGGCGAAUGAAGUUGGCGAGGAAGCGUUUGCUGAGAGUGCACUUUCUGUUUCUUCUCAGCACUCUGCCUACGACUCGAUCCAAAAUACGCCAGAGCUGAAACCGUCGACAAUGAGCGAUCAGCUGGAUCCUGAGAGUCUGAUGGAAGAAAUCAGUCAGUGGGGAAAUGAUGUUGAACCUCUACCGGUCAGUCUUCUUGCGCAAAGUACAGUGUCGCCGCCAUCGCCUGCUCUACAGAGUGCGCGGAUUGUCGUAUCGAUUGAUGAUCAAGCGCAGGAAUUCCAGUCGCUUCCGUAUCCGGAAGAAGAGGUAGAAGAAACCUCGCAGUUUGAAGAGCAGCAGUUCAACUUCAGGAUGCCAUGGGAAGACUACACAGGCCCGCCGUCACCGCCCCGGGGACCGGCGGUUGAAGGAUAUGUCCCUGCGUGCUACGAGCAAGAACGUAAUGAGCAGCUUGAGAUUGACUCUGAAGUAGUUGAAAAUCUCACGAAUGAGCUUGAAUUCUCUUCUUUGGCUGAUCUGAGGCAACAACCAUUACAGACCGAAACACCUCUGAUCAGUCCGGUCGCGGCACGAUCCAACGGAGAAGCCAACCUUGGUCUUGGACUACUCCCAGCCAGACCCUUAUCUUCCGUCGACGGCAUGUUCCCGAGCACUGGUCGCUCUGAAGUGUCUGAGAUUAUGGUCCCGUCGCGGUCAAAUUCGGACGCGGCCUCGGAAUACAGCUUUUCUUCGUCCGGACGGAACCAGUCGGUGUCCUCGGCGAUGGGCGAGACGGAUACUUCGUCGCUGGCUCCGGCUUCCGAAACUGAUCUGCACAGGGCGCCGUCUGAUGCGUCAUAUAGCGCGGCGUACUCGUCCUCCGCUGACGCCUAUUCUCCUGCGCUGACGAGCGAGAGUGAAGGUGAGCGGUCGUACGCUAGUACCUCGUCUGCCUACCUCAGCACAUCAGGCGUGUACGAGUAUUCGAGCGCGGUAGUCACCAGCCGUGCGCGCUCCUUGCAAGGUCCUCGCCCUGCUGCGCAGCGUCUGAGCGUCGACACUACGCCUCAUCCCACGAGGUCGAAUACCACCGGUAGCGUUCCCCUGACUUUGGACGGAAGUCUCGAGUACCAACGGGUUAUGGACCGCGGUCUCAGCCGAAACGCCGCGCCGGUGGACUCAGAGAGCGCAGCAGGACCUACCUCGCAAGCGGAUCUGGCAUCGACCACCGACGCAGAGUCGACGUAUACUCCGGAGCCGCCGGAGCCGCUUGUAUUCCAGACUAUGGAUCUGGCCGAUCGUAUGGCGCUCUUGAACGCCGAUCUCUAUGACGAUUUCGAAGAAGAGGAGCCAGUACAGGAAGAAGCGCCCACACCGAUCGAACCUCCUAUGGUAGUCAGACCGUCUGUGAGUAGUCUUGUUGGGGAGAUGCUGCCGACUCCGAUCUCGGCCGUCAGUCCUGAUUCGGUCGUGGCGCAGGACUACGCGGUGUUUCAGGAGUAUGGGCAGCACAGCGAUACCGACCUCUACGAUGACUAUGAGGAAGCGAUGGGCGGCGAAGACUCCGCCGGCGUUCCUGAUAUUGCGCCGCUGGGCUUUAAUGCGUCCAUGACCUCGUUUGGAAGCGUUCGGAGCAAUCAUUCUCAGUUGGAAGAGGAAGAUCAAGGCAUUAUCACGAUCAAUGAAAACGGUAUUCCCUAUGUCUCCACUGAAACGAGACAGUACUUUGUGAUUGGGACUCGAAGGAUCAAGGUCCCGGGUGAGAAACUUGACGAGUGCAAGGAGCCGUGGAUGCUGAGACCGUUGUAUCUAUGGGUGCGCACGAUUAUGGCUGCCGAGUCGAAUUCGAUGGCGGAAGGUACGCUCAGCGACGUGCUCACCGAUCUGUUUAUGCGCCACAUUGAAGGCAUCAGUUUUGCCGAGGCCGAAGACUUGGGGAUCCAGGCCCUUGAGUGGUUCAUCGACCGAGGCGUGAUGACUCGGGCUAACGACGGCGGGUUGAUCGUUCCGGAGGCAGAGAAUCGCGGGUAUAUCGGGCGUCUGGCAAAGUUCCGACCUGCGCGGCUGGAUAUCUCGGCAGUAAGGCGGGAGUCGCAGCGGGCGCAACCGGACAUGAAUAUCGAGUACGACAAAAACAUCGAUAAUUGGACGGCUGCGGUGCCGCAGCACGUUAGGUCGACGGUAUCGGUUGCGAUGGAAAAGCUGCAGAACGUUUACUUUGAGAUGGUGAUGUCUGAAAGUAUGUUCCUCAACAACCUGCGCGCGCUGCUGGUCGACUUCAAAGACGUCAUGUUGCGCACGUUAGGCACCGGUCGGCAUAUCGUUGACGACCCGGUGCAGUUCACGACGGCUGUAGUUCACAACACCGACGAGGUUCUGCAGCUCCACGAGCGGUAUCUGUUUUUCCCGCUUCGAGAACGACAGCGGCAAGCACACGUGAUGUCCGGAGUCGGUGAUAUUCUUGUCAUCUGGAUUCGGCAUGGCAUCGAGCCCUACCUGCGGCACGCGGACGGUCUCGGACCCGCGUCCGAGAUGAGCGAGACGGAGCGGCGGCAGAACCCGCACUACGCGCAGUUUGUGAGCGACUUUCAGUCUGCAAACUCGGGCGCGAGCGUGUCGACGGUGAUGACGAAGCUGCUGCGGUAUCCGCUGCUGAUUGGGCGGAUGUUGAAGUGCCUUAUCGAGCUCGAGACCGAGCAAGGCAUUCAGCAGAGUGCGGAGAGACGGUACCUUGAGCGCGCGCACGGGCGGAUCACGCAGCUUGCGUCUGUGUUUCAGUCGCGGUUUGUGUCGAGUCAGCGGCAGUACGUGUUGAGAAAUUUGCGCAGCACAAUCUAUUUCUCAAAUCAGAGCUUAAAGGUCGAAUUGGGUUUGAGUUCACGCACGCGAGAGAUGCUCAACAAUGGCUCGGUGGAGGUUGAUAGUCGCCGGCAGUCGAUGAACAUGAUUCUGCUCGACAACUAUCUACUUAUGACACGGGUCAUUGUGGUGGCCGACCGACUGCGGUACGAUGUCGUUUAUCCCCCGAUCCCGAUCGAUUUCCUGACGCUGGUAUCGCAAGACGACGGGCAAGUGAACGCGACGUUCCAUCGCGCGAGCGUGGCGACGAUCAACUCGAGCUCGUCCGCCAACGCGGAGGAGAUGCGCGAGUUUGCAGAGGCCGGCGGCGAGGAUAACAAGAUCUACCCGUUCCGGAUCAAGCAUCUGGGCCGGCACGGCGCGACGUACCAGAUCUUUGUCGCGAGCGACGGCGAUCGCAAGCAGUGGUGCGCGGCAAUCUUGAGAGCGAUUGACAAACGCCAUGAGUCGCGUCAAAUGCCGCUCUCGCUCCAGGUCGUGUCUGACUCGGAUUUCGGGUACCGGGACCGGCAUAUGCGGGGAGCUGUUGCGGAGCCGUAUGUCUCGUCGCAAAGGUCGACGGUGAGAGUGGCUUUGGAUCAGAAUGGGUACAGUGCCCCGACUAGUCCUAUAGCCAAGAGCGCAAACUGCACCGCGCUCUUCUACGAGGAUGAAAUCAACCCGACAAACAAAGAGAGCCGACUCAUCAGGCCCGAGGAUUACUUGAAGAAAGAUCCGUAUGUCUUGGUUGGCUGCAAGACUGGGAUUUUCAUGAGAUAUGGGUUCAGUGGAACGUGGUACUGCGUUUUGAGAGUCGACCACGUGCGGCAGAUGAAGGUGUUGCCUGAAUUCGGCCUCGUGAUUUUCCUCGCGGACAAAAAACUGUUUGCGUACAGUCUCGACGCGUUUUUCGCACACGAUACAGUUCAGAACCGCGCGCAAAUCGCGCAGCAGUCGCAACUGCAGCGGCUUAUGAACGCGCGGUCGAUGGGCGAUAACGACGGACUGUUUCUGCAAGAGAUUUGCGAGAUGCGGAGUUUCGACUGGUUCAAUGUCGGCAUCCUCAACAAGCGCACCGUGAUUGUCGCGCACCAGAAGGACACGGAGUCGGACCUGCGCGUGUUUGAGCCGAUCGCGGGUAAGUGUCAAGAGUUUCGCGGCCAGUACGAUACCGGCGAGAUACUGGAGGACCCGUAUCAGCGGCGGAUCCGGAUUAUGAAUCUGCGCAACUCUGAGUUCUAUGGGACGAUGCCGGUUCGCGUGGGGCAGGAUAUGGUGCGCGAGAUCGAGCCUAUCUAUUUGAAUAGUGUGUGUUUGAACGUGACGAUUACGAAGGGGAUGAUUGUGCUUCAUACGAAGAAAGGUUUCCAAGCGCUGGUGUAUCCCUCGAUGAUCAUCGCGGCACUCCCGCAACUCACCGAGUCCGAUCCGAUAAAGACGCACGAGCUCUCGGCACAGACGCCACUCGGCUUCUUCCGCGUGUCCGAGCACUUUUAUCUGCUCUGCUACUCGCACAUGUGUCUGAGCUGCGACAGCCAAGGCUUUCUCUCGCGGCAGGUGAUUAUCCGUUUCACCGGCACCGCUCGAUCCGUCGCCGUGAUGCCGCCGUACGUGCUCGGGCUCUGCGACGACUUUGUCGAGAUCCGAUUGAUCCAGACCGGCGACCUCGUGAGCCUCGUCACGGGAACAGACGUGCAGUUGAUCGGACCGCAGAGCUAUAGCAGCGACAGCGCGAAUAUCGCGUACAGCAACCCGUGCGGAUUGACGGGAGAGCAUGUGUUGGUCAGGAUGGCGCAUCCGGUGGAGAGGGGACGGCAGGUCAUUUUGAGGUUUGUGAGAAACACCGAGGCGGUUUAGUGAGCGCGGGGAGGGGGAGUAAAUCUCUUUUUGUAUAUGCAUGGCUGCGGUUCGUGAUGUAUGUAAAUUUCUUGAUGAUUUCCAAUGUGAAAUAGUUCUUCAAUGAUUU